AUUUGAUUUUAAUAAUUUUUAUGGCAUUACCAAAUCAAAUUUUGUCUCACCGAAUUAAUUAUUUACCUUUGUCGUAUAACACCGAUUUAAGCGCCUUAAUACCAAGUAACUAGCAGUAUAUCACGAUUGAUGUGGAUCGAGAUUUUGAACAUACCAUUUGUCUAUAGAUGACGAUGUACUUCAUCAUAAUUAAGUACUUUCGGAUUAAUGGGUGACUUAUUGAAGCAAACUGAGGAGGAAGAAUAAUUUCGAAUUCGCAAUCCACAAACUUAUUGUUGUUGACCUAACCGAAUAUCGGAUUAUCAUUUGUAUAUUAAAUAACAGUGCAUCGUGAUGUGAUUUUUUGUUAGAAUGAUCAAUUUGCAAGUGCUGUAGAUAUUAGAUAACAAAAUUGUUUUUCGAAAUUAGUUUUUUGGAGUUCUUUGAAUUACACCAGUGUUUUUUUCUUAAUGUUUAGCGUAAUGCCGUGGUUCCAUGUGACUUUCCCGUAUUGUGGGGUGCCAAGGACGAGAAGGACGAGGUGUACCUGAACUUGGUGCUAGAAUACAUCCCGGAAACCGUCUACAAGGUGGCUAGGCAUUACAGCAAGUCUAAACAAACCAUACCAAUCAGCUUUAUUAAAUUGUACAUGUACCAGUUAUUCCGAUCACUGGCAUACAUUCACUCCCUUGGGAUAUGUCACCGAGAUAUCAAGCCGCAAAAUUUGCUACUCGAUCCGGAGACGGGCGUCCUGAAGUUAUGCGACUUUGGAAGCGCCAAGCACUUGAUCAAAGGCGAGCCGAAUGUCUCGUACAUUUGCAGCCGCUAUUAUCGCGCCCCUGAACUUAUCUUCGGUGCGAUCGAUUACACCACCAAGAUCGACGUGUGGAGUGCCGGUUGCGUUCUUGCAGAACUGCUCCUUGGUCAGCCAAUCUUUCCAGGCGACUCGGGUGUCGAUCAGCUUGUCGAAAUCAUCAAAGUGUUGGGAACACCGACCAGAGAACAGAUAAGGGAAAUGAAUCCCAACUAUACCGAGUUCAAGUUCCCUCAGAUCAAAUCCCAUCCCUGGCAACAGGUACGUUACGUCAUUUAAAUCACUGUUCUACUU